UGCGACAAGUACCACAACGGAGAUUCAUGCAUCUAUGGCCGACCGUGUGUGCGAUGUAAAAGUGCGCAUAUGUUCUUUCAUAGCGGAGCAUGACCUGUCGUUCACAGUCUCACAACCGCUAGUUAAUUUAAUGCAAUCAGUUGUCAAAGACAAGAGUGCACUUUCAAGAUUGUCUAUGUCUAAUGCACAUGCCUCCUACUUGUGCACACAUGGCAUUUCUGCUUAUUGGAAAUCCGAAUUGUCAUCUAAGCUGAAAACGAAGAUGUUUUCUUUAAAUGUAGAUGAGGCAACAGAUGGAAACAUGGACAGGAUUCUGAAUGUUCUUGUUCGGUACUAUGAUGAAGAUGUGGGAAAAGUGGCAACCCAGCAUCUAGCCUCGAGGAAACUGAAUAUUGCAGAUGCCUUAACAAUCACAAACACAUUGAAAGAUAUUCUCCAGUCAUAUAGCCUGAACUGGAAUCAGGUUGUUGGUAUACUGUUGGAUAACUGCAGUGUGAUGAGAGGGAAAAAGUCUGGAGUAGAGACACUAGUCAGAAGAGAAAAUCCAUUACUGCUGGAUGUCAGCGGAGACACUGUCCAUAUGGUCUCGAAUGCAGCCAAGGCCCUUUUAAAUCCUUUCCAGGGAUUUGUGGAACAAUUUUGCUCUGAUGUAUACUAUGACAUUGAAAAAUCACCCAAACAGAAAGAAGUUUUUUCUGAGUUUCAGUCCUUACUUCAUUUGGAGAAUAAGAGCCUAAUACGUCCCAUCAGCAGCAGGUUCCUGCAAAUGUUGGAUGUGUGCAACAGAAUACGGGAGCUUAUGGAUCCAUUGACUGUGCACUUCUACAGCGUCCUGUCUUCUCAUGAUCAACACAAACACAGAUGGCUCCUGAACCAGCUUCUUGAUAAGCAUGCAGUUACAUCUGAUGAGAAGGCCAGGAUAAUUUGUCUGCAACAGCAAAUGGCAAAAUCUGCAAGGAUCGGAAGUGAUGUCAACAAAAAACGAAAGACACGCACCUGUAUGCUUUUUUCAGAGUUCGACAAGCUCACAACCAUUAUUGAUUUGUAUCGAGGUAUGUUCACUUUUUAUUCACUUUAA